UCUCUAGCCUUUGGCCUCGGUCUCUCUCUGUCUCUGUAUAUAUAUAUAUAUAUAUAAUGCGGUGAUCAUCAGUACGGAGAGAGGGAUUUGAGCCCUGAUUGAUGAUUUUGAAGAGGUUUGUCAUGAUUUUGCGGUAUGAUUUUGAUUUUGAAGAGGGUUUUUCGCGAUCUAGGUCGUGGUUCAAUCCCCUGUUCGGUUCGAAUCUCAUUUCAAUCUGCAAACAUGCAUGCCAAUCACUUGCUUCUCGAAGAGCCUAUCAGGAUGGCCUCCAUUCUCGAGCCAUCUAGAGCCAAUUUCUUUCCCGCAAUGACAAAGAUCGUUAGGACUUUGGGCCCCAGGUCUCGAUCUGUUGAGGUCAUCUUUGGUUGCCUUAAAGCUGGAAUGUCUGUGGCUCGAUUCGACUUUUCGUUGGGGGAUCCUGAGUAUCACCAAGAGACUUUGGAAAACUUGAGGGCUGCUGUGAAGACCACUAAUAAGCUUUGUGCUGUUAUGCUAGAUACAGUGGGUCAUGAGUUGCAGGUUGUCAACACCAUUGAGAAAACUAUUUCACUUGAGGAGGAUGGUAAAGUUGUUCUAACACCUCAUAAUGGUCAGGAAGCCUCUCCUGAACUGCGGCUUACAAGAAAUUCCACCCUCGACAAGCUCAGGAAAAAAAAUGACAAAGGUCACUGGAGUGUGGUUAUUAAAGUUCUCAAUGCCACUAUUGUUAAUUGA